AUGGCAGGGGGAAAUCUCACCACAAUUACCUCUUUUACUCUCUCUGGAUUUGCAAAUCAACCUGAACUACAAGUUUGGCUUUUCUUGAUCUUUCUCUUCAUUUAUUUUUUCACUAUUUGGGGUAAUCUUGGACUCAUUAUUUUAAUUCAAAUGGACUCUCAACUCCAUACCCCCAUGUAUUUUUUUCUCAGCAAUUUAGCUUUUAUUGACUUUUCAUAUUCCUCAACAAUUGCACCUAAAGCCCUAGAUAAUUUCCUAUCAGAUCAGAAAGACAUCUCUUUUGUGGGGUGUUUUGUUCAAACAUAUUUCUUUAUUGGCUUAGGGUGUACUGAGUGUUUUCUCCUGGGAUCAAUGGCUUAUGACCGUUAUGUUGCAAUCUGUAACCCACUGCUUUAUUCGGUUGUCAUGUCCCAGAAAGUCUGCAUCUGGUUGGCUAUAAUCCCAUAUGUAGUAGGUUUCAAUAACUCCUUGAUAACUGUUUGUGUUAUUAGUAGCUUAGCAUACUGCAACUCUACUAUUGACCAUUUCUUUUGUGACACAACAGCCCUGUUGGCCCUUUCCUGCCAUGACAGUUUCAACACAGAAAUGGUGAUAUUUAUUCUGGCAGGAUUCUCUCUCCUCAGUCCCCUCAUCAUCAUCACAAUUUCCUAUUUUGCCAUCAUCUCUGCCAUCUUGAAGAUCAGAUCCUCAGAAGGUCAGCGCAAAGCUUUUUCCACCUGUGCCUCUCACCUCAUGGGGGUGACUAUAUUCUAUGGAUCACUUAUUUUUACAUAUCUACAGCCAGAUAAUACAUUGUUCUUGACUGAAGCUCAAGUGGCAUCUGUCUUUUAUACAAUUGUGAUCCCCAUGCUCAAUCCUCUCAUUUACAGCCUGAGAAACAAGGAUGUGAAAAAUGCUUUGAUCAGAGUCAUACAAAAAAAGCUCCUUCCUCAAUGA